AUGGCUGCAGGAAGGAACAAUACAACAGUCACCAAAUUUAUCCUCUUGGGAUUUUCAGAUUCUCCCAAGUUCAAGAUUGCUCUCUUUGCAGUGUUCAUGGGGACUUACAUCUUGACAGUGGCAUGGAACCUGGGUCUUAUCGUUCUGAUCAGGAUGGACUCCCACCUACAUACACCCAUGUACUUCUUCCUCAGCAACUUAUCCUUCUUAGAUUUCUGCUAUGUCACUUCCACAACCCCCAAAAUGCUCUCAGACUUCUUCAGGAAGCCUGAAUUCAUCUCCUUUACGGGCUGCACCAUGCAGUACUUCUUUUUCUCUAGCCUGGGUCUGACUGAGUGCUGUCUGCUGGCGGCCAUGGCCUAUGAUCGCUACGCUGCCAUCUGCAGUCCUCUGCUCUACACAGCCAUCAUGCCCCCCACCCUCUGCCUGCAGAUGGUGCUUGCUGCCUACACAACCGGAUUCCUCGGCUCACUGAUCCAACUGUGUGCUUUACUUCAGCUCCAUUUCUGUGGACCCAAUGUCAUCCAUCACUUCUUCUGUGACCUGCCUCAGUUAUUAGUCCUCUCCUGCUCCGAAACCUUCUUCUUACAAGUGAUAAAAUUUGUGAUGGCAGUGAUUUUUGGCGUGACCUCCGUCUUAAUCAUCAUGAUAUCUUAUGGUUACGUCAUUGCCACCAUCCUGAAGAUCAGCUCUGUUGAAGGCAGGGCCAAGACCUUCAACACCUGUGCUUCCCACCUGACAGCAGUGAUCUUUUUCUUUGGAUCGGGUCUCUUUGUCUACAUGCACCCCAGAGCUGGCAAUUCUCUGGGCUAUGACAAGAUAGCAUCAGUCUUCUAUACAGUGGUGAUCCCCAUGUUGAACCCUUUGAUUUACAGCCUGAGGAACAAGGACAUCAAAGAUGCUCUGAAGAGGUGUAAGAAGAAGGGAAUGUUUUCCCAUUGUCAUGGUUAA